AUAUAAACAGACAAGAUGGCGGCGUCCUGUGUGCGCAGCUCCGUCCUCAGUCUGAGCAGGUUCAGGUGUUCAGGAGUGCACGCGACCCGGAGCUCACCUGGAAGAGGAACUAUCAGACCAGAGAAACGCUCGGCCUGCUGGGUAAAUCUCAGCAGACAUGAGUCCUUUACCAGAAACUUCCACAACACACAGAGAGGAGGAGGAGGAGGAGGAGGAGGAGGAGUGCUGUGGGCGGCUGUCGAGAGCAGCAUUCUCCUUGUUCAGCAGUACAGAUGAAGACCAACGAGAUGAAGCUCAGAGGAAAGAGGAUGACAUGAUCCUGCUGCUGAAGAAGGCCAAGGUACCAGGACCUGUAGUAGUACCAUCAUCAGCAGCAUCGUCAGCAGUAUUGUUAGUAUUACGCCAGGGCCAUCACCGCCCGCGAAGCGCUGCGAAUAGCCUCAAAGCAAAGCCAGUUUCCUUUCUUAAUUUUAAUUUAAUUUUUAAUUUUAUUUCCUUUAUUAAUCCCCCUGAGGGGAAAUUCAAUGUUUUCACUCUUGCUUGUCAGUUACACACAGGUCUGAAAGACACACACAUGCACACACAGGACCUAUACAUGCACAAAGUGGAGAGAUGUCAGAGUGAGGGGGCUGCCCUUGGUCAGGCGCCCUGAGCGGUUGGGGGGUUCGGUGCUUUGCUCAAGGGCACCUCGGCAGUGCCCAGGAGGUGAACUGGCACCUCUCCAGCCACCAGUCCACGCUCCAUAUUUUGGUCCGGACGGGGACUUGAACAGGCGACCCUCCGGUUCCCAACCCAAGUCCCUAUGGACUGAGCUACUGCCGCCCCCUUAAAUUUAAAAAAAAAUAAAAAUAAAAAAUAAAAAAUCAGGGGAGAGCACGAGCGCAGUCCCCCACUACCAGAAGUUCUGCAGUCCAGAUUCCCACAUUUGGGUAAUUUGCAGAGGUCAGCUCAAUCGGAGUGCAAUGACUGAGCCUCGCCAUGGGUGAACCACCUUCUUGAUCAUGGUAUCUCCCCUGCUAGGUGAAUUUCGGCGCCCAUGUUAACCGAUUGUGUCAUCCACACCGGCAGGUGCUGCAGCAAUCGUUUCGGCGUCUGGUUUAUUUUCUGCGGGAGCCGCGAGCGAAUGUGUCAAGCCAGGCAGGAAGUCAAACAAAGGAACAACAACAGCAUCCGGUCAAUUUUCAGAAUAAAACAAAUUUCAAAAUAAAACACCCCACUUGACAAAUGCGUUGUAUAUCUCUCUGUGUGUGUGUGUGUGUGUGUGUGUGUUUAUAUACAUAUACUCAUUACUAAGAAGUGGACAUACAUGUACAGUUGUUUGGAAAACAUGGCGUAUAAUUUUAUGAAGUUAUUUACUUACCCACGAUGGAUAAACAGCCCCAGAUGCGACGGAGACAACAGCUGGGAGCAGAAGCUCUUGUUGACCAGCGUGGAGAAAUGCGCGUCUGAUGUGAACGGAAAUGCUCUGGCCCGCGCGAGAAUUUCGGUGUGCUGCGCUUCGCAGCACAUUGUUGGCAGUGUGGCCCUGGCAUUAUCGUCAGCAGUACUGUCAGUACUAUCAUCAGUACUAUCGUCAUUAAUAUCAUCAGUACUAUCGUCAGUAGUAUCGUCAGCAGUAUCAUCAGCAGUAUUGUCAGUACUAUCAUCAGUACUAUCGUCAUUAGUAUCAUCAGUACUAUCGUCAGAAGUAUCGUCAUUAGUAUCAUCAGCAGUAUCGUCAGUACUAUCAUCAGCAGUAUUGUCAGUACUAUCAUCAGUACUAUCGUCAUUAGUAUCAUCAGUACUAUCGUCAGUAGUAUCGUCAGCAGUAUCGCCAGAAGUAUCGUCAUUAGUAUCAUCAGCAGUAUCGUCAGCAGUAUCGUCAGUAUUAUCGUCAGUAUUAUCGUCAGCACUAUCGUCAGCAGUAUUGUCAGUAUUAUCGUCAGUACUAUCAUCAGUAGUAUCGUCAGUAGUAUCGUCAGUACUGUCGUCAGCAGUAUCAUCAGAAGUAUCGUCAGCAGUAUCAUCAGAAAUAUCGUCAGUACUAUCAUCAGUAGUAUCGUCAGUAGUAUCGUCAGCAGUAUCGUCAGUACUAUCGUCAGUACUAUCGUCAGUAGUAUCGUCAGUAGUAUCAUCAGUACUAUCAUCAGUAGUAUCAUCAGUAAUAUCAUCAGCAGUAUCGUCAGUACUAUCGUCAGUAGUAUCAUCCGUAGUAUCGUCAGCAGUAUCAUCAGUAGUAUCAUCAGUACUAUCAUCAGUACUAUCAUCAGUACUAUCGUCAGUAGUAUCAUCAGUACUAUCAUCAGUAGUAUCAUCAGUACUAUCGUCAGUACUAUCAUCAGUAGUAUCAUCAGUACUAUCAUCAGUAAUAUCAUCAGUAGUAUCGUCAGUAGUAUCAUCAGUACUAUCGUCAGUAUUAUCAUCAGUAGUAUCAUCGGUACUAUCGUCAGUAGUAUCAUCAGUAGUAUCGUCAGUAGUAUCAUCAGUAGUAUCGUCAGUAGUAUCAUCAGUACUAUCGUCAGUACUAUCAUCAGUACUAUCGUCAGUACUAUCAUCAGCAGUAUUGUCAGCAGUAUCAUCAGUACUAUCGUCAGUACUAUCAUCAGUACUAUCGUCAGUAUUAUCAUCAGUAGUAUCGUCAGUAGUAUCAUCAGUACUAUCAUCAGUAGUAUCGUCAGUAGUAUCAUCAGUACUAUCGUCAGUAAUAUCAUCAGUAGUAUCGUCAGUACUAUCAUCAGUAGUAUCGUCAGUAGUAUCAUCAGGACUAUCGUCAGUAGUAUCGUCAGCAGUAUCGUCAGUACUAUCGUCAGUACUAUCAUCAGUACUAUCGUCAGUAGUAUCAUCAGUAGUAUCGUCAGUACUAUCGUCAGUAGUAUCAUCAGUGGUAUCGUCAGUACUAUCAUCAGUAGUAUCAUCGGUACUAUCGUCAGUAGUAUCAUCAGUAGUAUCGUCAGUACUAUCAUCAGUAGUAUCGUCAGUACUAUCAUCAGCAGUAUUGUCAGCAGUAUCAUCAGUACUAUCGUCAGUAUUAUCAUCAGUAGUAUCAUCGGUACUAUCGUCAGUAGUAUCAUCAGUAGUAUCGUCAGUAUUAUCAUCAGUAGUAUCAUUGGUACUAUCAUCAGUAAUAUCAUCAGCAGUAGUAGUAGUAGUAAUGUCAGUACUAUCGUCAGUAGUAUCAUCAGCAGUAUCAUCAGUACUAUCGUCAGUAUUAUCAUCAUUAGUAUCAUCAGUACUAUCAUCAGUAGUAUCGUCAGUACUGUCGUCAGUAUUAUCGUCAUUAGUAUCCGUAGCAAUGUCAGUACUAUCAUCAGCAGUAUCAUCAGUACUAUCGUCAGCAGUAUCGUCAGCACUAUCGUCAACAGUAACGUCAGCAGUAUCGCCAGUACUAUCGUCAGCAGUAUCGUCAGCAGUAUCAUCAGUUCUAUCGUCAGAAAUAUCGUCAGCAGUAUUGUCAGCAGUAUCGUCAGAAAUAUCGUCAGCAGUAUCGGCAUAAGUAUUGUCAGCAGUAUCGUCACUACUAUCGUCAUCAGUAUUGUUAGUACUGUCGUCAGUAUUAUCGUCAUUAGUAUCCAUAGUAACGUCAGUACUAUUGUCAGUAGUAUCGUCAGCAC